CUGUAUAAUAUUCUCUUAUCUAUAACACAAUUGUGCUCUCUAGUGUUCAAAAACUAAAACAUGACAUUAUUUACUAAUAUACCAAAGGAAAAAAUAAAAAAUGUUUAAUUUAAUAAGUUUGUAUAAUGUUUGGUGACAUUUGUAUGACAUUUAUAUUUCCAGUAAAUAAAUAAAUAAAUAAAAAAUAAAAAAAAUAAAUAAAAGUAAAAAAACAGCUGAUAUUGAUGCUGUACCACUUCAUCUCCACCAGAGAGCAGACUGGAUGCAGUCUACCUCUAAUUUAGAAGAAGAAGAAACUAGCAACGCCUUCACAUAGCAUUCAGUGGCAUUUCCAUUUUGGAGCUUAAAAACUAUAGAGACUGCCACGUUACACACAAAAUGCUCAGCCUGGAGAUAUUUGAAAGUCGGAUAUGUGCUGUAAUGAAGGCACUGGUGGAAGCAGCGGUGGCGGAGCUCGGAAGACUUCUGAAUGAGUGCUCGGCUAACGCUGUGGCCGCUCAGCACCGCUCAGCUGCGGCUCUAAUGACUGUUUCGAAGAGCUUAGUGAUAAUGAAAGAAGUGACGCCACCGCAGGAGGAGCAGCAGUUUUUAAAAGAUAUCACGAGGCAGUUUGCAUCCCUCAUGGAAGCAUGCACCAGAAACGUUGUGGAGAAAAUCUUGCUGAUGAUGAAAGUGUCCAUGUGUGAGCUGCCUCCUGCAGAGCAGAGAGCCAGGCCUAAUGAUGAGAUCCAACAGACAAGCACAAGUCCAAAGGCAACACAAAUUUCUGAACCCAGUAAAAAAUCCACAGCCAGGAAAUGUCACCAGAAACGAAGAAAAAUCCAUGAAGUGUCCCCACCAGCUAUGAUAAAGGAGAAUGAUCAUAUAUAUUGCAGAGAACAGCAGGCUGAAGAUCCAACAGCAGAAGCAGCUGACUCGGAAUCAGAGACAGAACCUGCAGAUGCAGCUUCAUUUGAGGAGAGUGGCUGUGGACCUCAGACACCUCAGACUGUGUCACCAGAACCGGCUUGUCAAGAACCUGAUGUCAAGGAAGGAGAUGCUGUACUGGAGGAUACCGCAUCAAAGGUCAAGAAGAAGAGGAAGAAGAAGACUGUUGGCUCUUUAAAAUGUCCUUCCUGUGAUAAAUUAUUUACAAAGAAGUGCUUGAUGGAAAGACACUACCUGGUUCACACCAAACCUCAUCUCUGCUCUGAGUGCGGCAAACGCUUCGCCGUACUCAGAGGGCUUAACGCACAUUUAAGAAAACACACCGGAGAGAAGCUUUACAAAUGCACCGACUGCGGGACGGAGUUUGCUUACAAAUCUACUUUUCACAGACACAUGCUCAAUCACUGCAUGAAGAAACCAAGCCUCCAACCUCCAAAGCAAACCUAUACAUGCACGCUGUGUGAAAGCCACUUUUCAGGAAAGCCUGCGUUCGAGCGGCACAGAUGCGGUGCGCUGAAAAAGACGUUUGUUUGCUCCCUUUGUCCAGAUACCUUCAGCUGCAGGCAGAGUUUGGCUGAUCACGAGAGCCUCCAUUCAGGAGACAGAGAUUUUGUCUGUGAAAUGUGUGGCGAGAGGUUCCUGUCGUCUUCAUCCUUAGCCACCCACAGAGUCACUCACAUGCAGAAGGAAAACUGCUGCGACAUGCUCGGCCUCGGGUGCAGCGACAUGAGCGUCCUGAGAACCCACCUGAGCAGACACACCGGAGAAAAGCUUUUCACCUGCGACGUCUGCGGCAAAGGCUGCAGUCAUCAGAGCGCCCUGAAGCACCACAUGCUCACCCACACGGGGGAGAGGCCGUACGUCUGCGAGACCUGCGGCAAGCGCUGCGGCCACCCCAGCGCCCUCCAGAACCACAUGAGGAUCCACACCGGGAGGAAACCGGGUCAGAAGCCGGUCUGCAGCGUGUGCAGCAAAACAAUCAGCUCCCUGGGAAAGCUCAAACGUCACAUGAGAGUCCACACGGGAGAGAAGCCGUACUCCUGCGACCAGUGCGGGAAGAAGUUCAGCCAACCCAGUAAUCUUAAGGCGCACAUGGUGAGUCAUUCAGGGAAGAAGAUGUACGGGUGCAACGUUUGUGGCAAGAGGUUUGCUCAGAGCACCAGCCUCAAGCUGCACAGGCGGAUCCACGUAGGAGAAAUGGUGUUUUACUGCAAAGUAUGCGGGAAGGGAUUCUUGCAUAGUAUUGGUUUCAAGAAGCAUGAGAGGGAUCACCUGCUGGAGGAGAGAAAAGACAAAAACACUGAAGAAACUUCUGGAAAGAACUAGACCAUAUAUCUGCUGCAUGGCCACUUUGUUUAAAUGUAAAUAGCAGAUGAGUUUACACAUGAUGAUGGAUGAUGGGUUGUCCAUGUUAGCUAAAUACAUUUGGCUGUGUUGCAUUUCAAAUAAAUCAUCAGGUCUGUUUUGUAAUAAAAUAAUAAAGUAAAAGUAGGCAAGGCAAGUUUAUUUGUAUAGCACAUUUAAUUACAAGACAAUUUAAGGUGUUUACAUAAAACAUUACCAGCAUUACAGCAGGGUGCAGAAGAAAGAAACUUUAAAAAGAAAUAAAAGAAUUUAAAGACAAGAAGCUAAUGUAAACGAUAAUAAUAGAGAUAAUGAUAAUUUAAAAUGAAAAACCAAAUGGAAAAGACAAAGAACAUUAGAAGAAACCGAUCUGGACUCUAAA